AUGACGACCGGCGCGUUCAAAUACAUCGACAGAUCAUCGUACGUCGACAGCGAUGUCCCGUUCGUUAAGCCUUGGGCCAAGGUCGAUGGGCCGGGCUACUCGUUUAAGUUGAAGGACUACGAGCGCCCCGUGGAGAAUCUCCGAGGACAAGAAUCAAAAUUCAACACCGACAACUCUGGCUUUGCGGUCUACACGUAUCCCGCGCAGGAGAAGACGUUUACAGACGACGCCGCCGUCCGAAACGGAUAUUACGCCGAAGUAGAGAAACUACUCCGCGAGAAACUCCCAGGCGUCAAGAAGGUGGUGUUGUUCGACCACACCAUCCGACGACGAGAAAAGGCCUCCCCUCGCCAACCGGUGCAGCAGGUCCAUGUCGACCAGACGCCUCGGGCGGCCGAGGCCAGAGUGCGCCGCCACGUUCCUGCCGCUGAAGCCGAGGAGCUCUUGAAAGGCCGUUAUCAGAUUGUCAACGUGUGGCGGCCGAUCGCCCACAAGGCCUCGGAUUUCCCUCUUGCCCUGAUCGACUGGAGGACGACGUCUCCCGAUGACUUCGUGAAAGUCGAUCUUCUGUACCCGAAACGGGGAACCACGUUUGGUGCCAACGACGAUGACGACCGGGGUAAGGAAGUGCUACCGGAUCCCAAAUCGGCUGAUUCGACCGAGGGCUACGAGGUGAAAGGGGAGACAUACGCCGUGGCGCCAAACGAGAACCACAAAUUCUAUUACGUGAAAGACAUGUCGCCCGAAGAAGUCUUGUUCAUCAAGUGCUUCGACUCGAUCAGCCAGAAUGUUGGAGGUACCAGCGGAAUAAGCGAUGGGACACCGCAUACUGCAUUCGUUGAUCCGCAGACGAGUCCGGACGCUCCUGGCCGUCAAAGUAUAGAGGUCAGAGCUCUGGUGUUCUACGAGUAA